GUCUUGUCAGCUUUUUUGAAAGUUCCUCCCCUGCAGGCAGUUCAGUGAAAUUCCUCCACUGUUACAUUGUAAACAGAAGAAAUACAGCUUUAUCAAAUUGUGACAAAGAUACAAUUUUGAUGUUGUUUACGACUAUCUUUACUGCCUUCACAUGGUGGCACCCAUUUUGGCUGUAGUGUUUCCAAGCGUGUGGAGGAAAGCGCAUUCUUUCUUAUCUCCGACCUGAGUGCACCUGACCCAUGUGGAGCAGUAGGGGGAGAGAGAGAGAAAGCGGAGUCACACCACAUACCACACGCCAUGGCAGCUUUCACCAGUACCCCGAAAGUGAAUUCCGGGAGUGCUCCUCGCCACAGGUUCAGGGUGGAGAGCCCAGCGGAGUGUGACUGGAAGGACUGUGACACUGGAGGCAGCGAUAGGUCUAGAGGACACCGCACCAUGCUGGAGAAGACCCAUGACUUCUUCCAGACCUGUGACAUUGAGGACAAGGGCUUCAUCACCCGCCGGGACAUGCAGAGGCUCCAUGGAGAGCUGCCCCUCAGUGCCGAGGAGCUGGAGAAAGUCUUUGACACCCUGGACUCUGACGGCAAUGGAUACCUCACCCUGGAGGAAUUCUCCUUGGGCUUUAGUGAGUUCCUGUUUGGCCGGAGGAUCUCUGCAACAGAGGGGAUGGCCAGCCCCAUUGCCAAGGAACCCACUCAGGGCCCUCCAGAGUCCCUGUACCAGAACCAGUGGGAGGAACGGUUGGUGGGCAGUGAGGACGAGGAGGAGAAGCACUUCUGCAUGCUAAUGGAGAGCUUGGGAGCCAGCAACGUCUUUGAGGACCCUGGUGAGGUGCGUAGUCUUUGGGCCCAGCUGAGGAGGGACGAGCCGCACCUCCUGUCCAACUUUGAGGAGUUCCUGGCCAGAGUAAUUUUACAGAUCACAGGGGCCAACCAGGAGAGGAUGGAGAUGGAGAGCGCCCUUAAAAGAAAAUCAGCAACACAUGACGAUGAGAUCCAUCGCUUAUAUGAAGAAAUGGAACAGCAAAUCAAAAAGGAGAAGGACAGGAUCUUACUGCAGGACUCUGAGCACUUCUUGUCUAGGAGUCAGGAUCUGGAGCAUCAGCUGUCCAGUAAGGAAAGGGAGCUGGAUCAGAUCUUCCAGAAACAAAGGAGGUGGGAGCAUCAGUGCCAGGAGCUGCACAGCGAGCAACAAGUGACCAAGGUGGAGAACGUGGCACUGAAGCAAACCAAUGAGGAGCUGGCCCAGGAGCUGGAGCACACCAGUCAGGAGCUGAGCCUGGCCCAGGAGCAGCUGGUCCUCCUGCAGGAGCAGUCCUCACACCUGAACCAGGAGAGGGAGAUGGAGAUGUACCGGGUCACAGAGGGAUUGCAGAGGGAGCGAGCGAGCCUGCUGAAACAACUUGACCUGCUGAGGGAAAUGAACAAGCACUUACGAGAUGAGCGAGACAUGUGCUCUUAUCAAAAACUGAGGAAUACUGUUAAAAAUCCUGCUUGCAACCUGAGACCUGGAUCAAAUACUCUGAAUCCCUUUGACAGAAAGGCCUUUAGUGAGGAUGAGGAGGUAGUGCUCCCCCAAUCUAAGAGGAAGAGUCCAGGUGGAGUGAAUGGCUACAGCCUGGAGGACCUGGUGGAUUCCAGAUCCCUCCACAGACCCCUCCAGAGGAUCAUCUCCAUAGAGGAGGACCAUCUACCCCAGCUCCUACAGGAUAACUACCAGACUCAGCUCUGGGAGUGGCAUGAGGAGGCCGAGGAGGAAGAGCACAUAGAGCUACAGAUGACCUCUAUAAAUCCUCCCAGUUCUCCUCCAACUAUGAAGCAGCAGCAGCCAGUUGACACCAGAGAGACAGAGAUGCCUACGUCCCCCAGGGGCCAGCCUGUCGGAAAGGAGACUAUGGGGAAUGAGGAGGGUGCAGCAUUGGCCCCAGACCGCCUGUUUAAGAUCGUCCUGGUGGGCAACUCCAGUGUGGGGAAGACCUCUCUCCUCAGGCGGUUCUGUGAUGACUGCUUUUACCCAGGCACCUCUGCCACCGUCGGCAUAGACUACAGUGUGAAGACGAUACGGGUGGACAACAGCCAGGUGGUGCUGCAGAUGUGGGAUACAGCAGGACAGGAGAGGUAUCGCAGCAUCACCAAGCAGUUCUUCCGCAAGGCUGACGGUGUGGUAGUCAUAUAUGACAUUACUGCUGAGCAGAGUUUUACCGCGGUGAGGCAGUGGCUGACCAGUGUACAGGAGGGGGCUGGCGAGGACAUUCCCAUCAUGCUGCUGGGGAACAAAAUGGACAAGGGAAGUGAGCGGAAGGUUCAGACGAGAAUGGGUGAAAACUUAGCCAAGGACUGCCAGUUGAUUUUCUACGAGUGCAGUGCUUGCUCUGGACAAAACGUGGUAGACUCAAUGGUACAUUUGGCAAGAAUUCUGAAAGAGCAGGAGGACAGAGAGAAAGAGAAGACGAUCCAUCUGGUAAACAGCCCUUCACAGAAUAAGAGGUCCUGCUGCUAGCAACUUAAUGGCUAUUAGUUACUGUCUUCACAACACCAUAGUGUACCUGUUCAGAUGUUCUGUACAUUUUAAACCCCGGUCCUUAGGAACUCAAGGAUCUAUAGCACAAUGCAGUUGAAGUCGGAAGUUUACAUACAUCGUAGCCAAAUACAUUUAAAUUUAGUUUUUCACAAUCCCUGACAUUUUUAAAUUUACCUUUAUUUUACUAGGCAAGUCAGUUAAGAACAAAUUCUUAUUUUCAAUGACGGCCUAGGAACAGUGGGCUAACUUCAGGGGCAGAACGACAGAUUUUGUACCUUGUCAGUUCAGGGAUUUGAACUUGCAACCUUUCAGUUACUAGUCCAAUGCUCUAACCACUAGGCUACCCUGCCGCCCCAAUUUAAUCCUAGUAAAAAUUCCCUGUCUUAGGUCAGUUAGGAUCACCACUUUAUUUUAAGAAUGUGAAAUGUCAGAAUAAUAAUAGAUUGAAUGAUUUAUUUCAGCUUUUAUUUCUUUCAUCACAUUCCCAGUGGGUCAGAAGUUUACAUACACUCAAUUAGUAUUUGGUAGCAUUGCCUUUAUUUAUUUUUUUACUUGGGUCAAACGUUUCGGGUAGACUUCCACAAGCUUCCCACAAUAAGUUGGGUGAAUUUUGGCCCAUUCCUCCUGACAGAGCGGGUGUAACUGAGUCAGGUUUGUAGGCCUCCUUGCUCGCACAAGCUUUUUCAGUUCUGCCCACAUAUUUUCUAUGGGAUUGAGGUCAGGGCUUUGUGAUGGCCACUCCAAUACCUUGACUUUGUUGUCCUUAAGCCAUUUUGCCACAACUUUGGAAGUAUGCUUGGGGUCAUUGUCCAUUUGGAAGACCCAUUUGUGACCAAGCUUUAACUUCCUGAUUGAUGUCUUGAGAUGUUGCCUCAAUAUUUCCGCAUAAUAUUCCUGCCUCAUGAUGCCAUCUAUUUUGUGAAGUGCACCAGUCCCUCCUGCAGCAAAGCACCCCCACAACAUGAUGCUGCCACCCCCGUGCUUCAUAGUUGAGAUGGUGUUCUUCGGCUUGCAAGCCUACCCCUUUUUCCUCCAAACAUAACGAUGGCCAAACAAUUCUAUUUUUGUUACAUCAGACCAGAGGACAUUUCUCCAAAAAGUACGAUCUUUGUCCCCAUGUGCAGUUGCAAACUGUAGUCUGGCUUUUUUAAUGCCGGUUUUGGAGCGGUGGCUUCUUCCUUGCUGAGUGUCCUUUCAGGUUAUGUCGAUAUAGGACUUGUUUUACUGUGGAUAUAGAUACUUUUGUACCUGUUUCCUCCAGCAUCUUCACAAGGUCCUUUGCUGUUGUUCUGGGAUUGAUUUGCACUUUUCGCACCAAAGUACAUUCAUCUCUAGGAGACAGAACGUGUCUCCUUCCUGAUGAGUAUGAAGUCUGCGUGGUCCCAUGGUGUUUAUACUGGCGUACUAUUGUUUGUACAGAUGAACGUGGUACCUUAAGGCAUUUGGAAAUUGUGGAGGUCUACAAUUUCUUUUGAGGACUUGGCUGAUUUCUUUUGAUUUUCACAUGUCAAGCAGAGGCACUGAGUUUGAAGGUUGGCCUUGAAAUACAUCCACAGGUACACCUCCAAUUGUGUCAAUUAGCCUAUCAGAAGCUUCUAAAGCCAUGACAUCAUUUUCUGGAAUUAUCCAAGUUGUUUAAUGGCACAGUCAACGUAGUGUAUUUAAACUUUUGACCCACUGGAAUUGUGAUACAGUGAAUUAUAAGUGAAAUAAUCUGUAAACAAUUGUUUGAAAAAUUACUUGUCCUAACCGACUUGCCAAAACGAUAGUUUGUUAACAAGAAAUUUGUGGAGUGGUUGAAAAAAGUUUUAAUGACUCCAACCGAAGUCUAUGUAAACUUCCUACUUCAAUUGUACCUCUUUCGAUCUGUCUCUCUCUAACUCUCCUCUCUCUCUACACAUGCAGUGUGUACACCUUUUUUCAUGAGUCUGUGGCUUUUAAAACGUCUCUCUUUCAGAUGUUAUCUUAGCACUUCACACCACGAAAGAGACAGACUAUGGGCUAACACUACCAUUAGUGAAUAGAAUGAAAUAAAUAAAAAAGACAGUAUUGUACUAUUAAAAUAUCAUAUAGAUGUAUUUUCCUAAUAAUUACAAUGUAUUUUUAAUUAAAAUGUAUUUUCAACCAGCUAAGCCAAAACCAACAGUUAUAUCCUGUAUAAAAAUUAAACAGUUAAAGUAAACCUUUGUUUAUGGCUGGGUUAGGUUUUGGACAAUUUGCGAAAUGGGGAUUUUGUUCAGAACCAAUUGAACAUUUCCAACAGUAAAGAAGAGUUAAUAUUAUUUGUCAGAUUGACUUUAUUUUUCUCAGAUCAAUUUGGUUUCUAGAUUAGCCUCUCAAACGUAAUAAGGUUUACUGUUGUAUGUGGGGAUGAUUGUCCAGAAGUCAACUAUGUGUAUACAAAUGCCUUUGCAAUGACAGUGGACAGUAGUAGAGCUCUGCCAUACUGUACCUCUAUCAAAGCAUUUGCAUGCAAACUGUCACCACUAUUUGGCUUUUUUAUGUAAUUGUAUGUCAUUUUUAUGUAAUGUAAAGGGUUAUUUAUAUGAAGGAGUUGUCUAUUGAACUGCAGUUGUUUGCUCAAUCUUGCCAAGUGAUAUGCCUUUUCCAUUACCAGAUCUCUUAGUCUUUUCGUGGACGUGCCAAAACAUUUCUCAUAAUUCCAUAAAAGUUGAUAUAGCACCAAGUAUUCUUGAACAAAUUCUUGUGCUCCAGCUGGGAAUUUGUUGUAAAUAUAACAUAUUGUAAUGUACACCGUCACUGCACUCGUACAGUAUAGUAAUUUAGCUUCCAAUCGAUACCUAUGAGACAAUGGAGGUGUCGUUAGUACCUGUAUAUUCUGGGAUGUUGAGGAACACUGACAAAUCGUCCUUUGGGGUCCUCCGGUGUAGAGUAUCUUGUGUAUUUGACAGUGUGCUAUGGCCACUCUAAACUAACCAACCCGGCUGUAUUUGUGCCACGUUACUGUGCCUGUGUUCUUCCACAAUGAUGUGAAAAGGUAAAUAUGAACAAUGUUAUGGCUUCUCUGAAUAAUAAAUGGACAUUGUAUAUUU